UCAAACACGUCGUUUUACAGUUGAAAAAGUGAAAAGUGCUGAUGGUAUACAAAUGCAUACAUUACAUGUUGAUGAUAAUGCAUAUGAUUUACAAUAUAAUUCGUUGCCAUUAACUGAUCGUGUUGGUUCAUUAAAUAAUGAUGAGACCAAUGAUAAUGGUGAUGUAUUAUCAUCGAUUAAAGUGUCAUCAACAAUUUGUUUACCGGAUUUUGCAAAUCGUAGACGUCGAUCGUUAGCACAAAUGACGCGUGAAGCGUUGCCUCGUUUAGAUUUUUAUCGUAAUUCAAGGCGAGCAUUACGGCGUCCAUCGUUAGGUGAAUUACAUGGUGAAGAAAUCCAAAAUAAGGAUAAUAUUCAGGACAGUGAACACAAGCAUGGACCUGACUCCAGUAGUAAUACCCACGGCAUUAAAUUGGGAUGGAUACAAGGAGUGCUUAUACCAUGUUUACUCAAUAUUUGGGGUGUUAUGUUAUUUUUACGGCUCUCAUGGAUUGUUGCACAAGCUGGAAUCGGACAUACAUUCAUUAUUAUUGGAAUAUCAGCCAUUGUUUGUGUAGUGACUACUUUAUCACUCUCAGCUAUCUGCACAAAUGGUGAAGUAAAAGGAGGUGGUAUAUAUUUCAUCAUAUCACGAUCCCUCGGACCCGAAUUUGGUGCAUCUGUGGGUAUUGUAUUUGCAUUUGCUAAUGCCGUUGCUGCCAGUAUGAAUACAAUUGGUUUUUGUGAUUCUUUAAACGAUUUGCUACGUUCUCAUGGAUUACAAAUUAUCGAUGGUGAUGUAAAUGAUGUACGUUUAGUUGGAACGAUCACAUUAAUUAUAAUGGUAAUGAUUUGUGCAAUUGGUAUGGAAUGGGAAUCAAAAGCACAAAAUAUUUUAGUGGCAAUUAUUGUUGCAGCAAUAUUUGAUUUUAUUAUUGGGUCUAUAAUUGGCCCACUAAGUGAUGAACAAAAAGCCAAUGGUUUUAUGGGAUUUAAUGCAACUGUCCUGAAGAUGAAUUGGGAACCUGAUUAUCGUAAACAUGAGCGUGUUACAUAUGAUUUUUUUUCAGUAUUUGCCAUAUUUUUCCCAUCUGUAACUGGUAUUCAAGCUGGCGCUAAUAUUUCUGGAGAUUUAAAGGAUCCAGCAAGAUCAAUUCCAAAAGGCACUAUGCUAGCAUUAAUAAUAUCAAUGAUUUCGUAUGCAGUAUUCGUAAUAUUUGCUGGGGCAGCGGCUUUAAGAGAUGCCAGUGGAUCAGUUGAUGAUUUAUAUUUGGGAAAUAUUAGUGCAUGUGCUCCAAAUUGUGAAUCUGGGCUGCACAAUAGUUAUCAGAUGAUGACUUUAAUGUCUAGUUGGGGGCCCUUAAUUUACGCAGGAUGUUUUGCAGCAACAUUAAGCACAGCAUUAACAAACUUAGUUUCAGUACCCAGAUUAAUUCAAGCGUUGGGUAUAGAUCGAAUAUAUCCUGGUCUUAUCUUUUUUUCUAAAGGUUAUGGUAAAAAUGGUGAACCUUAUCGUGGAUAUGUUCUAACAUUUUUUGUAUCUUUCAUUUUUAUCUUAAUAGCUAAUUUGAAUAUAAUUGCCCCAUUAAUAUCAAAUUUCUAUUUGGCAUCGUAUGCUUUAAUAAACUUUUGCACAUUCCACGCAGCUUUAAUCAAGCCUUUAGGUUGGAGGCCCACUUUUAAGUAUUACAAUAUGUGGAUAAGUUUAGCUGGAUUCGUUAUGUGUGUUAUUAUAAUGUUCUUGAUUGAUUGGAUAUCAUCAUUAAUAACUUUUAUUGUUAUUUUUGCUUUAUAUUUAAUUGUUAUCUAUCGAAAACCAGAUGUUAACUGGGGAUCAUCAACUCAAGCACAAGUUUACAAAACAGCACUUACAACUGCCCAAAGAUUAACCAAUAUAAACGAACAUGUUAAGAACUAUCGACCACAAAUAUUGGUUUUAUGUGGAAAACCAUCGUCUCGUCCACCACUUAUUGAUUUUGCUAAUUUAAUUACAAAAAAUAAUUCACUUUUAAUAUGCGGAGAUAUUGUAUCGUACCGAUUGUCACAUCGUAUGCGAUCAGCUCGUUUACGUGCUGGUUAUGAAUGGCUACGCAUACGAAAAAUAAAAGCAUUUUAUAAUAUUGUUGAUGGACUUAGUUUAGAGAUAGGAGCCAAAGCUUUUCAACAAGUAGCAGGUGUUGGUAAACUGAGUCCGAAUGUUUUAAUGAUGGGAUAUAAAUGCAAUUGGGGCACUUGUAAUACCGAAGAACUAUUAUCCUACUUCAAUGUUUUACAUAACGCAUUUGACAAUCGAUUAGCAGUAGCAAUAUUACGAUUAAAUUCUGGAUUAGAUGUUGGUCGUUUAACGGAUGAUGAUGAUUUAUAUUCAGGUCAAAGCAGCAACGAUCUAACAAUUAUGGGUUCACAAACGAUAAAUAAAGCCAAUGGAAUAUUAAUAAGUAAACAUUCAAGUAUGAUGCAUGCAGAUUCUAAUCUUAAUAUUUCACAUAUUGGUAUCACAGACAACAAUCUUUGUGAUAGUGCAAAAAUUGGAACCAUAAGAUCUAUGAAAAAUAGUAACAACAAUACCGCACAUCUUAAAACUAAAUCUAAAGCAGCCGUCGAAAAAAUUUUAAGCAACAAUGAUGGCAUACCAAAAUCCGUAUUAGAUCAUUCAUCAGUUUUUCAAAAAAAGCAAGGCAAAGGUAAAAUUGAUGUUUGGUGGUUAUACGAUGAUGGAGGUCUUACAAUGCUUCUACCUUAUAUUGUUUCCACGCGACAAGAUUGGGCAGAAUGUGAAUUAAGAGUGUUUGCGUUAGCAAAUCGAAAUCAAGAAUUGGAAGUUGAAGAACGCAAUAUGGCUAAUUUAUUAUCGAAAUUUCGAAUUGAUUAUUCGAGUUUACAAAUGGUAUCAGAUAUAAUGGAAAAACCGAAAAAAGAAACAAUUGAAUUAUUUGAUUCGUUAAUUGGUAAAUUUCGUGAAACUUCAGAAAACACUGGAAAUGAAUGCUGUGUAUCAUACGUUGAAGAGUGUACUUUACAAGAAAAGACAAAUCGACAGUUGCGAUUACGUGAAUUACUCCUUGAAAAUUCGCAUGAUGCUACAUUAGUCGUCAUGUCGCUACCAAUGCCACGGAAAGGAACAGUUUCUGCCCCGUUGUAUAUGGCAUGGUUGGAAGUUUUAACGAAAGAUAUGCCUCCAUUUUUAUUAGUGAGAGGGAACCAAUCAUCUGUACUCACGUUUUAUUCGUAAAUACGGUUGUAAAUAUAUUAUUGUUAUACCGUUCAUGUGUAGAUUACUUACACAAAAGCACGUUAAAGUGCAAAUUUGUACUCUUAUCUCGCACAUUAAUUACAGAUAAUCUAUAGAAUAUCUCGUUAAUAUAUUGAUUACCGGCCAAGCGCACGUUACUGUGCAAAAUUCUUAUAAUUGCUUAUUUUAAAUAAUUGUAAAAAAAAAAACGGAUAUCUGUUCGUCAAGCUAGACACAUAAUCAGCACACUCCUACCCCAAAAUGACUUAAAAACCCGCAAAAUGAGGAUUGUUGAUAGGGCUGUUGCUGUUAUCUCUAGACCGAUGUGUGGGAUUCAAUUUAUACAGCAUUAACGACAUCAUGCGAGAAACUCAACUAACCUAUAUCUGAUUUCCAGUAAGAAAUACACUUAUCGAUCCAUACGAAUGGAAUUUAGGUAUUUGCCAUUUUCAACUACCCACCCAGAAAAAUAUUCCAGAGUCACUCAAUAUAGUAAGUGUCUUUUAGGGAUAAGUCGCAUCAAAUGACAUCAAACGCUGGCGCUAAGUGAUAUCAAACUAAAAAGAAGCUAUAUUCGUUUACCGUAGUGUCAUAGAUGGCAACUAAACGUGUUGAUGGCGACGUAUGUAUAAAUUAUUUUAAAUAAAGAUUUUAUUCCAUUAACACGAUAAACACAGGCGUUCGAUGGUGAUAAUCAAUGGUCUUGUUCAAUUCAAAAAUCUCUUUUCUGUCAGCACUCGUAAUAUAUUUGUAAUUUUUCUUUCUGUAAGAAAAUGUAAGGGGGAGCUAAAUCUAGGGAUGGCCAACUUAAAUAGACCCAAGCGAUCUACGAUUUGUCGCAAAUUCUAUCAAGAACCUUUUUUUUCGCUAGCCCGCCCCUGACAUAGAGAGACAUUGCUUUCAUAAAAAAACAUGAACGCGCUUUUCAUUGUCCUUGAUAAACUCAAUCAGAAGCCUCGUUAGUGGCCGUUUAUGAUAUAUUAUUAAACAAAUGUGACUAAAGCGAUUGACGCUUUCCGUCGCUUGACGCAACAAUGGGGCUGCAUCAGAAAAUAUACCACUUGCAUGGAGAAACAGUGUGUUAUGUGGUUCUUUUUAUACAGUAUUAUAGUCAAAAUAGUCAAAUUAAAAAAGCGUGAGCUGUCACUUGGUUUUUCUUGAAUUUUCUAUUAAAAAUACACUGUUGAAUUUUUUAAAUGAGCUUAAAUUACUACUACAAUAAGAUGAGAAAGAAAUAGUACAUCCAGCUGUUCAUCUAAUUUGUCAACAUAUAUACUCACCAUCAAAAACAUUCAAAUAUUUGCGUAAUUUCAAAUAUCUUUAGCUUCCAGUAAAAUGGUCUUAAUGGGAUCAUCUACAACUCAGUCAAAUGCUUUUAGUGUUUAGUUUUUAUAUACGAGGCCGAAAUUUCCGCUUUGUGUCGGAAGAAUGAGAAAAGCUUAUGCGACAAUGUGCGUAAAAACAUAUUCGACAUCAAAUUCAUAAAGUUUCGAAUGAAUAUAUUAGAUUUCUUGCAAAAUAAUUGUUGCACCCCGUGUUCAUUUUCAAGAAAAAUUAUAAGAUAUCCUUUUCUCAUUUCUCCAACACCUAACACAAAGCGAUGGAAAAUAAUAAGAUUUUCGUCUUCGUAUUCGAAAAAGUACAGACUUCAAGUAUUUUCGAAUGUUUUUUCUUAUGUGUGUCAACAGUUCAACACUUAUAGAUCGUUAAACACAAACGUUUAUUAAAAUUUACCUACAAAAAAAGUAAAAAAUCUCAAAUUGCAGACGGGUUUCAAUCGAAUCGUCGUCUAUAUUUCUAUAACACGAUAUUCGAAGUUACUCUGCGAAAGAUAUUUUACAUCUUUUGAUAUUUUAUUACAAAUUAUUCAAUAGUAUAGUUUUACUAUUAAUUCAAAACACAAACCAAUUGUUAUGCUCA